UAAACGGUACAUGAAGUUGAGCUCUGUGCUCAAAUAAGAAAUAUGCGGUCCUUUAUACUACUGUUGAUCAUUCACCUUCCCCGCAUCUCUGCAUACCCCUGUUCGGUUACUGGUGGUCCUUGUGGAGUUUCCAGGACUGGCGACAUCAUUAUUGGUGGGCUUUUUCCGCUGCACGAACGACCUACGUCAGUGAUCAAUGGCACUUCUGGGGACUGUGCGGGCUUUAACAUACAGUCGUUCCUCCGAACCCGAGUGAUGAUAUACUCAAUUGGAGUGAUCAACCAGUCUCCGAUGCUGCCCAACCUGACGCUGGGGUAUGAAAUGUAUGACACGUGCGGAGAUGUUACCAUGGCGAUAAAAGCUGCGUUAAGGCUGAUGGAGGACAGAAUCAAUCCCGAGUGCUUGUCUCUACAGAAUAAGCAAAAUGCGUCCUCAACAGGCGCAAAGGUGGUGGUCGGGGAACGAUAUUCUGAAAUCUCUACCGUCGUUGCGCGCUUCCUUGCUCUUCCGCUAAUCCCACAGAUCAGUUAUGGUUCCACAAGCGAAGUUCUCAGCAGGAAGACCAAGUUUCCUUCCUUUCUGCGCACAGUCCCAAGUGAUGCUCAUCAAACCAAAGCGAUGGCCAAGCUGAUUGAGACACUUAACUGGGAGAUUGUGGGAGUCAUCGGCAGUGAGGAUGAAUAUGGAAGAUAUGGCGUUGAAAGCUUAAUCGAUCAUAUGAGCUCCAACGUGUGUCUAGACUUUAAGGAACUCCUACCAUCGGUCGUUUCUCGCAAAGAGCAUCAGAAUCUGCUGAACCGCCUCAUGCAGACAGUGAAAGAGUCCACAGCUGAUGUGAUCGUGAUUUUCACCAAGACGUCGAAUGUGAGAAUUGUCCUGGAAGAGGCCAUCAGACUUGGCAUCAACAAGACCUGGAUUGGAGGCGACAGCUGGUCCACCUCCAUUACAAUACGGGGCCUGAAAGGCAUUGAGCAGAUUGGGAGAGUCUACGGGUUUAUAAUGAAGCAAAACACGGUCCCAGGGUUUGAGGAGCAUGUGCGUGGCUUCACAGCACAACUUGCAGAGGAGGACAGCUUCUUCAGUGAGUACCUGACUCGAAAUCCAGCCUGUACCGGCUCACUGGACCCCGGCAAAGAUCCUCAGAACGGUUCCUUCCACAAUGCUGACGAGGAGAGCUCUAUGGCUCACUGUACGAAUAUUCUAGUGCAGCACAUUGACCGGGAUGAAUCAUACGGAAUCUAUCUAGCAGUGAAAGUCAUAGCGCAAGCUUUGCAUAGCCUGCUGAAAUGUGACGAUAUGAAGUGUAACAGGACCGCAACGUUUACUGCCUGGGAGCUUCUAGAAGAAAUCAAACAAGUUAAUUUCACCGUGGACAACAUUACUAACAUUUCAUUCGAUCAGCAUGGAGACCCCAGUUUAGGGUACGAUAUUCUGGCUUGGGACAUGGAGGAUGGUAAGGUUAUCGUCAAGACGAUUGGAGAAUAUGCACCCUCUGGUGACAUUGUGUUGCCUCAGCACCUUAUCAGUGAAUGCAACAACAUCACGGUGACCGUCUACAAUUGUUCCAAAGCCUGCCCUUAUGGACAGGAGCUGAGCUUUCAUAAUAACACCUGCUGCAAGAUCUGCAACUUCUGUGCGGACAAUCAGUAUUCCGAGGGCGGGAAUAAGACAUGUAGAUCAUGUAAGGACAACGAGUUUGUGUCUUCUGAUCAUGACUGCUGCGUGCCGAAAACCAUGACGUUCCUGAAAUUGACGGAUGGAUUCCCCAUCGUCCUGGUGGUGUUUGGCUUGGCGGGGCUGAUUUUCACCCUGCUGGUGGCCGCCCUGUUCAUCAAGUAUCGGGACUCGCCCAUCAUCAAGGGUACCGGGGGCAACCUGUGCUUCCUCAUCCUCAUCUCCCUCGCCACAAGCUUCAGUAGCGUGUGCACAUUCUUUGGAAGGCUCUCGGACCGCACCUGUAAGGCGGGCCUGCCACUCUUCAUCCUCAGCUUCUCCCUCUGCAUCUCCUGCAUCCUGGCCAACCUCUUCCAGAUCUGCGUCGGCUUCGCCUUCGAGGCCAAGGUCCGCGACAGGCUGAAGAGACUCAACAACCCCGUGGCCAUAGUGACGGGCUGCAUGGCCGUCCAGGUGGCUCUGUGCACCGCGUGGCUGACUUUGUUCCCGCCCCACCAAACGACGGUCCACUCCGAGCACCACAUCCUCAUUCAGUGCCACAACGGCUCCAACGUGAUGUUCGCCGUGUCGUUUGGCUACAUCGCCUUCCUGGCCGUCGUCUGCUUCCUGUUCGGCUUCAAGGGAAGGCGGCUGCCGGACCUGUACAAGAACGCCAGCUUCAUCACCAUCAGCAUGCUCAUCGACCUGGUGGUCUGGAUGCUCUUCAUCCCCGUUUACAUCUAUACGUCCGGGAAGUAUGUGCAAGCAGUGCAGGCGUCAGCCAUUUUGGUGUCCAACUACAGCAUCCUGGGCUGCCACUUCUGCCCCAAGUGCUACAUCAUCCUGUUCAGGAAGGAGCUCAACAACGAGAAGGCCAUCCUGGAGUACAUCCGGAAGCAUUACGAGAAGAAGGGCGUGUCGCCUGUCACCACUGACAAGUGAACCACAAGCAAACCCUUUAUUUUCCUUUUUUUUCUUACUUAGAAACCCUGUGCACAGUUCGAUGGUUAUAUUAUAGACAUAUAACAUAAUGCGUACGUUAUUCAAUUAAGUUUUUAUUUGAAUGUGUUAUUAUUGUUCUCUCCUAAUACAAAUUAUCUUAAGAUACUAACAAAUACUAUAUAAAAGCCUGUUGUGUUCACUUGAUUUUUAUUUAUUUUACCUUGAACGCAACAAAGUUCUUAUGCUGCCAUCUACAGGAGGACUUGUCAUUGGUCACUUUCAUGCCAUUUUACAUUUGAACCAAUCAGGAGUGGAACUGUCCAGUGGGCUGCCAAUCAUAAGUUAAAUUUAAAUUAACAUCUAUACAGGGAAACACUGUCAGAUCUCCAAUACAUAUCUGUAUUUGAAUCUACAUGUUUUACAAUUCAUUCUUCACUAAUUUUCUCAUUCAUUAAUGUGAAACAUGUUGGCUAUGUGUAGUUCAGCAGAUAUACACUCAGUGAACGCUUUAUUAGGUAGGCCUGUAUACCAGCUUUUUAAUGCAAAUCCUGAAUCAGCCAAUCAUGUGGCAGCAACUAAAAGCGUAAAAGCAUGCAGACGUGGUCAAGAGGUUCAGCUCUUUUCAAGACCAAAUGUCAGAAUGGGGAAGAAAUUUGAUCAUUGACCGUGAAAUGAUUGUUGGUGCUUGACAGGGUGGUUUGAGUAUCCCAGAAACUCCUGAUCUCCUAGGAUUUUUUUCACCCACAAUAGAAUUUGCAGGGAGUGGUGCGAAAAACAAAAAAUGAAUGAGAUUAGAGGAGAAAGGCCACACUGGUCAAAGCUGACAGGGAGGUGACAGUAAUGCAAAUAGCCACACAUUACAACAGUGGUACGCAGAAGAGCAUCUCUGAACACACAACGCGUCAAACCUCUAAGUGGAUAGGCUACAGCAGCAGAAGACUUAAUGAGUCUAAAAAAUAAGCCUAAUAAAUACCUGGUAAAGUACUCACUGAGUGUAUAACAGCUGAAUCCACUCAUGUUUGUAUACAUAUUUCAUUUUCAGUGCUUGGUACUUAUCUUACUUGCAUAAUUUGGUCUUUCUUUGUGUUUGUUAUUUUAUUUUGCUUUGAAAUCGUGUUUUUAUGUCCUCCUGUGUCUAUUUACAUAUGUAUAUUUAUGAUAUGAUGGGUUGGAUGAAUUAAUAAAAAGAAAUGGCAAAAAAAAAAGGGAUAGCACUUGAUCUUUAAAUGAAGCACCACACAAUCUGUUCACAGUAUCCCAGAAUAAAAUAUUAGCAUUUAAUAUUUCAAUCCAUUGAUGCAGCAAAACCCAUUUUAUGUUCCAAAAAAGUUUAACUGUUAAGC